AUUGUUCGUGGUACUUGUGCUGAAGAAACACAAUUUUUUUUAAGCGAGAAUUUAUCACUGAAAGUAUUACAAACGUGGCGUCUUCUAAAAUUGAAGCAAUAAUUUUACUCGCGUUUUUUAUUUGUCGCCUGAAAAGGUAAAAUAAUAUAUUACAGCUGUUAGAAUUUGAAAUAAUGGGCGACUACGGUUGUACAAGUACUGGCAGCAAUACUUUUGAACCGUUUGAUACCGAUAUUUACAAAGACAAAACAAUUAAAUCUCAAGAACUAAACGAAAGUAAAGAUAGCGACGAAGGAUUUAGUUCUUCCUUUUCUCCUACAAGCGAAAGCUCAAAUAUUCAAGAGCAAGGAAUAUCUGCUAAUAUGCAUUUGUGGGGAAGUAGCUCUAAUGAAAAAGAGGAACCUUAUUUUCUCGGUCAUAUGCAACAAUCAGUUUCUGGAAAUAUGUCGUAUCAAAAUGUUAAUAACCGUCGACCUAUACAAGCGCCUCUUGGUCAUGUUAGAAAACCAACCCCGGCUUUAUCAACAUACCUUGCGUCAAACAAAGCUGUUGCUAACUCUCUCGGAGUGUCUGGUUGGACUGUACAACCACCUCAAAAUGUUUCUUCCUGGCCAAGUAGCCAACAUCAAUCUUCUUUAAUAGGAAGUACGCUUGCGAAUUCUAACUGGAAUAAUUCAAUUCGUAAUGGAAUGGUAAAUGCUUUUUCAAUGCAAGGAAAUUCUGUUUCUAUGCAUCAACAACAACAUCAGCAGCAGUCAAUUAAAAGCGUUUCACAUAAUAAAUUGAACCCAAUGCCUCAAAGUUUACAAAAUAAUCAAUUUUAUCAAGCUCAAGCACAACAAGCUAUGUUAGCUGCUUCCAUUCAAGCCAAAAAUUUUAAGAAUAGGAAUUUUGAGUCUUCACUUUCAUUCAACGCAACUCCGGGAUUAAAUACCAUGCAAAACUCAAUUUCUAAUAUGAAUUCAGCUCUGGAUAUGAACAUCGUAGAUGAUAUAUCUAAACUAACUAAUAGUUUUACUAAUAUGAAUACUUCGGACUCAAAUAAUAUAAAUGGUUCUCCCGCAAAUGGUUUUUACUCGAAUAAUCAGGAAAGGCGAAAUGAAGAUAUUGUCAAAUACUCUUCUCUUGAAAGUCGUUUUCUUGGGGACGUGUUUAAAUCCCCUCUUGAUAACGAUAUGAUUAGAUAUGAUGCAUUUAUGCAAUAUGCAAGUAAUCAAAAAAAAUUUUCACGCUCAAGAGAUGAUCAAAUAGUUCCUUCUUUGGCUUCUUCGCUUAAUGGAUCGCCAAGAUCUGAUCUUGAUUGCGGAAUUGAACGUUUUUCAAGAAAAGUGUUUGUUGGGGGACUUCCUCCAGAUAUAGACGAAGAUGAGAUUCACGCUAGCUUUUGUAGAUUUGGACCUUUAACUGUUGACUGGCCGCACAAAGCAGAAAGCAAAUCUUACUUUCCUCCUAAAGGCUACGCUUUUCUAUUGUACAAAGAUGAGAUUUCCGUACAACGACUAAUUGAUUGUUGUAUUAUGCAAGAUGGUAAACUUUACUUAUGCGUAUCAAGUCCUACUAUUAAGGACAAACCAGUUCAAAUAAGACCGUGGAAUUUAGCUGAUGCCGAUUUUGUCAUGGACGGCUCACAGCCUUUAGAUCCUAGAAAAACUAUUUUUGUUGGCGGUGUACCUAGACCUCUGAGAGCAGUUGAGCUUGCAAUGAUAAUGGACAGAUUGUACGGUGGUGUUUGCUACUCCGGAAUUGACGUUGAUCCUGACUUAAAAUAUCCUAAAGGAGCUGGAAGAGUUGCGUUUUCAAACCAACAAAGCUAUAUUGCAGCCAUAAGUGCCCGAUUUAUCCAGCUUCAACAUGGCGAAAUCGAUAAAAGGGUUGAAGUAAAGCCAUAUGUACUUGAUGAUCAAAUGUGUGAUGAAUGUCAUGGUGUAAGAUGCAAUGGAAAAUUUGCUCCAUUUUUCUGUUCAAAUAUAACUUGUCUUCAAUAUUAUUGUGAGCAAUGUUGGGCUAUAAUUCAUUCCAGACCAGGAAGAGAGUUUCACAAGCCUUUGGUAAAAGAAGGUGGAGACAGACCACGCCAAAGCACUCUUGGUUUUAGAUGGCCCAUAAAAACUUCUCAAAUGGCGUCAAUACCGUUGCUUCAAUAAUACCUUAAUUUUUUUAUUAUUAUUUUACUGACAAUUUUAUUAUACUUAAUCGGAAUGUGUAAA